AGCUUACCGUCCUGUUACUCGACUGCUCCACAUGCUCCAGGAAUUGUACAGCAUCAUCACUACCUCAGGACCAACAGCGAAUCGCAAAUCUCCACUCCAAAACGAAGAAUAAAAUAAUGAGUCAAAUGAUCCUCCCCGUGCGGACUCUUCCGCGAGCUCUGCCGCGAAUUACCUGCCUUCGACCGAACCUAUCAUCGAGAUUCAAUCGUUCGAUCUCACGCCUGUCUACACCAUCGCACCUACAGCCAAAACGAGCGUCGAAGUGCACAUACCUUUGUGAGCGAAUACGGCAGCCGCUCGGAUGCCGCUACAACUCAUCCGCAUCGGCCGUGGGUGCCGCAUCCUCAGCUCAGAAGAGUGGAGUAGAGCCUCUGACCUGGAACCGCUUCCUCGAGCUGCGCAAGACGAGGAGACGCAUCUCGCUCGUCGCAUCCAUCAUCUGCGCCGCUGGAGGCGCGGCGAUCGGAAUCACCGUUCUGUCAACCUCUGACUUUGACAUCAUGCAAUUUGGCAUCGAUCCAACCUUCGUCAUUGGCGGCGCUUUCAUCGGCUCAGCGCUGCUGGGUUGGCUGAUGGGCCCAUUCUUCGGGACUGCUGCCUUCAAUCUGACCUACAGAUCACUGACGCCACAGAUCGCACAGAAGGAGAAAGAAUUCUACAAUCGAAUCAAGAAGUUCAGAGUCGACCCCACUAGCUCGUCGAUGCAAAAUCCAGUGCCGGAUUACUACGGUGAGAAGAUUGGCAGCGUAGCGGACUACCGGAGGUGGCUCAAGGACCAGCGUGCUUUCAAUCUGAAGAGAGGCAAGAUGCUGUAAUCUCGCCUUCCCUCCUCUACCAUUUUGGUUGUCAGAACUACACAUAAAAUUCCUCAUGUCUUGCAGUGUUUCGAGUUUUGAGGCCAAAAAAAAAAAAAUUGGCCAACGCAUGCUCUCGUUCUCUUUUUUUUUUUGGCGUUCCGGGCGACCAUACUUGGAAUUGUACGGCCUCUCGGUUGUUCAAGCUAGUCAGAAACCACCUGUUAACUAGCAGAGUGCACAGCGGUGGUGGCUACAGGAGAUGCAAACGAAGGCCAAGCUGAGCAGGAAGGACUUCGGCAGGGUGCUCAGGAGUACAAGCAUUGUUGUUCGGCAAACCUUUGCCUGCACUGCAAGAGCGGCACAAGGGCUGACCUAUGUCUUCUGAUUCGCCAUGUACACUAUCACGAGUGGCUUUUUCUGUUUAGAAAACGGAUAGCCAAAGCAUCGACAUCUCCAAUCAAACAUGUUUCUGUAAAAGACAAGAAUUAUUUCGCCUAGCGUGACUACAAAAUUGAGAAAUUUUGGGUAUCUCUUAAUA